AUGAGUGACACUAAAAGAAAGAUACGGUUUGAUAAACUACAAGUACUAAGUAAAAAAGCAGUAGAACAAGUUAUCAAAACCUCAUUCUCAGAUGAUCAAAUUCAACAAUGUUAUCCAACAAUAAUGGAAUCGAAAGAAGGAUCUAAAGAUUUAAAAAUUGGAUUAAAUCAAUUACAAAAAUAUCUUCAUGACAAUACAUUAAUGGAGUUUAAUACAAUAUAUGACGAAUAUGGAUUGAAACAAAAGCUAGAUGAUUUAGAUGAUAUAGUUUUACAAGCACAAACCAAAAAACAACUGGGAGAAAUCAGUUCUACACAUAUUGAUCAACUAUCACCAAAAGAUUUGAUCGACUCUACAAUACUAAGUAGUAAAGAAGAUGUUUUAGGUCAACUAGAGCUAAUAUAUGAUCAAUUAUGCAAAGACAACGACGAAUAUAUAAAAUCGUUGGAGAGUAUGACAAAAGAGAGUGAAAUACUUUCAAAUCUGAUUCAAGAUAUCUUAGAUCCAAUAGUGAGACAAGCAGAUGUUAUAGAUCCAGAACCACUACAAUUUGAUAGUCUAAUAAGGAGUUGA